GAAAAGCCCGCUGGUCGAUGUCCCGCAGGCCAACAAAUUGUUACUGUACAAGGACAACAAUUGGGAACAAUUUGAAAGCCUUAAAAAAUUCCCGUUUCAUUUCUGAAUCCAAAUGCGUGCAAACUGGAAUAACAUUGCUAUUACAAUUCUCUUCGUGUUAGUCGUCGUAGUUUUUUAUAAAUUAGCGAGUUAUCCUCGAGUAAGUCCACUGAAUAAGAUGACUUCCAAGAUGAAAGAAACAGCAACAGCAACAGAUGUUUCUUCGGAAAAGAUGGAUACUUCCAGUGAUGAAUCUUCAGUAUUUAAAGCCAAGCUUAUUCAGGCAGAGGCUAAGAUCAAAGAACUUAAAACAUUGUUAUAUCGGAAUGACCGAAGCACACAAGAAAGGGAGAUGAAACAGGCUAUCAAAGGAUUUUCGGGUCACAAGCUGGUCCAUCUGGAUCUCAAGGGAGCUCCUCCAAAAAUGUCUUAUCUUCUUAAGUUGCUGCCAUCUUUUAAAAAAUGGGGAGCAACUGGCCUUCUGGUUGAAUAUGAARACAUGUUUCCUUACCAUGGGGAACUAGAGAUUAUCAAGACAUCUAUUGCUUACAGUUCCCAAGAAGUAACCCAUUUCUUGGAAGAAUGUGAGCGUCUUGAAUUGAUGGUUGUUCCUCUGAUUCAAACAUUUGGUCAUUUAGAGUUUGUUUUGAAGCACAAAGCAUUUGCUCAUCUUAGAGAGACCAAGAAAGCACAAAAUUCAAUUUGUCCAAAUAAAAACGGUUCAAUACCCCUGCUAAAGAAAAUAAUUGAUCAAGUCCUUGACCUUCAUCCAAACAUCAAAUAUUUCCAUGUAGGUGGAGAUGAGGUGUUCAACUUGAAGACUUGUCCAGUUUGUAUGGCAGACUCAAGGAAUAAGUCCCAACUUUUUGUUCAUCACAUGAAACCAGUAUUGGAAUAUGUCAAAAGCAAAAAGCUUACUCCAUUGAUGUGGGACGAUAUGAUGAGAGAAUGGACUGUUGAUGACAUGAAGGAGUUGAGUGAAGUCAUGGAGCCUGUCGUCUGGGCUUAUGGAGAUAACCUGGAGAAUCAGUUCCCUCCAGACAUGUGGAUCAGAUAUUCAGCUGCUUUUCCCAAGAUCUGGGCUGCCAGUGCUUUUAAGGGUGCUACCAAACCAAACAGUAACUUUGUGCCGAUCCACUUCCACGUCAAGAAUAACUUACAGUGGCUCAAGAUUAUAUCGAACAUCCCUGAGAGUAGUACUAUUGAAGGCAUUGCAUUGACUGGAUGGARCAGGUUUGAUCACUAUGCUGCUUUGUGUGAGUUACUUCCAGCUGGUCUGCCAUCUCUAGCUUUCUGUCUUGGAGCAUUAAAUAAAGGUUAUAUGAAUGAAGCAGCACAGCUUCCAAUCAAGAGGGAACUUGGCCUUCGUGAUAAUUUUGAGAUUGAAGUAACACGUUUCCCGAAGCGAUACACGCCUCCCACAGCAGAGUUUCCUGGUCACAUGAUAUUCACACUGGUCUUCAAACUGAAGAAAGCACUCUAUCGAUUGACAGGAAUUGAGCACCUAGAGGAUGGCUGGCUUCUUAGUCGUCAGUUGAAGACACGUUUCUUGAGCUAUCAGCAUGUUAACACUGCAUUUAACUAUUCAGAACAGGCUUUGGAUAUUUUGAAASAACUAAAGAACGAGGUAGUGGAGCCUCUAAGCGAAGUGUUCGACAAAACUGUCGUAGACGAGUGGGUGGAAGAUAAAAUUGACAGUAACAUUCGUAGAGCUAAAAGACGGUAUGACGAACUCAAAAAACUCGAAGCAUCGUUUGGCUGAAACUUGGGUAUUCCUCGGGGGCUGAAUUAGAGGGUCGUGAAGCACCCCUUUUAAAGGACGGGUCCUGAAUCAUGUAACAUAAGGGUAACAGGGGGGUCGAGGUAUUUAAUCAAUGUGAAA